AUGACUACCCCAAACAAACAAUUAGAAGCAACAACUUUUUUAAUCAUAGGAGGCGGAAUAGCUGGAGUUACUUGUGCUGAAACCUUGUCAUUUCUUUGUCCGACAGAGAGCAUUGUUCUUCUAACAGAAACAUCUUUGAUUAAAGCGGUCACUAAUUUAGUGCCUCUAGCAAAACACAUUCUUAAAUUCGAUGUCGAAGAAAAGGAAGCAUUCGAUUCCGUAAAAGAUCAAAUCACCGUUAUAGUAGAUCGGUUAAAAUUUAUAAAUUCCACCGAGAAACACAUUAUCACGCAUUCAGGUCGCAAAAUAUCAUAUAAACUACUUUGUUUGUGCACUGGAGCUCAGCCAAAACUUAUUGAAAAUAUAAAUAAACAUGUCAUAGGCAUUCGAGACACAGACUCUAUUUUGGAUUUUCAAAAACGACUUAAAUCUUCGAGGCGUUUGGUUUUGGUUGGCAACGGAGGAAUUGCUUCAGAAAUUGCCUAUGAAGUUAAAAACAUCGAAAUCCAUUGGGUCAUCAAAGAUGCGCAUAUAUCAUCAACUUUUCUUGAUGCUGGAGUGGCACAAUUUUUCGAAAUGAGUCGUAAGGCGGUCGGCGAAGCUAUUAAACCAAGUAUUGUAAAAAGAAUGCGUUACAAUGAGGAAGAUAUCAUAUAUGGUGGAAAGGAGGCUAGAAAAGGAGCGGCACUCGGACCGGAUUGGCAUCGGAAGAUCGAUGUUAUAGGCAAUGGAUGUGAUAUAAAGGAACCUGUUAAAAUCCACUACAAAACAGAAGUUUUAUCCAUUGAAGAAUCUUCAGCAGAUGAAUAUCCUAUUGUCGUAAAACUAACUAACGGUGAAAUAAUAAACGCAGAUUUUGUCGUUUCCGCUACAGGAGUUAAUCCCCGUACAGACUUCGAAUGCGAUACCAUCUUCAUCAUUGGCCCAGAAGGCGGACUUACUGUUAAUGAUAUGAUGGAAACUAGUGUACCCGGAAUAUAUGCCGCUGGUGAUGUUUGCCAUGCUGGUUGGGAUCAAGCCGCUAAUUGGUUCCAAAUGCGACUUUGGACGCAAGCCCGACAGAUGGGUCGUAUGGCUGGACGAAGCAUGGCAGCAAAAAUUACCAACGACGAGAUAUACCAAGAUUUUUGUUUUGAACUGUUCGGUCACGUUACUACAUUAUUUGGUUAUCAAAUUGUUCUUCUCGGAAAGUACAAUGGACAAGGCUUGGGACAAGAUUAUGAAAUACUAUUACGAAUGACACCUGGAAAGGAGUAUAUUAAAUUUGUUUUGCAAAACGGCAAAUUGCAAGGAGCUAUUUUAGUUGGUGACACUGGAUUGGAGGAAACCUGCGAAAAUCUUAUAUUGAACCAAAUCGAUUUAACACCUUUUGGAGAUGAUAUUCUCAAUCCGGAUAUUGACAUUGAAGAUUAUUUUGAUUAAAUUUGUUUGUUGUUUUCUAAUGUUUUGUUGAAUUAAAGUUAAUAGCUUAUAUUUAUAAAUUUCUUUA